UGACAGUUGACGUGCAUUUUUGCUGUCUCGGAGUGAUUUUCCUGUUGAGGAGGAGUUUUUCAGUGAUUUUCACCCCAUUAUCCAACCCAUAAACGAUGGCUUCCAUAACGGAGAAAUUUGUGAGCUUAAUGGCUCGACCCGGUCAGGACAAUGUCCCCAAAGAUGACGACGUCCCGUGGUAUCUCAAGUACGGCGGACGCGUUCUGGGCAUCGUGGGAGCCUUCUUUGCCAUCCUCUUCGGACUAUGGAACUGCGUUGGUAUCCUGCUGGCCGACGUGAGCUGCCUGAUCUCUGGCAUCCUGCAAGUGUGCGCCGGGCUGCUGGUGAUGGUCGUGGAGGCGCCCUGCUGCUGCAUGUUCGUCGAUUUCGUCCAGAAGAUCGCCGACUUGGCGGAUUCGAAGCCGCAUUACUACCGCGCUGGCGUCUAUUGCGCCAUUGCGAUUCCCCCAAUCAUCAUCUGUCCAGGCUUGGGCAGUAUCUUUGGAUGCGGCCUGAUCUUUGGCACUGGCGUUCUCUAUGGCAUGAUGUCGCUGGGCAAGAAGGGAUCACGUCAAGACAUGGCGGCCAUAGCAUCGCCGAAUGCAAUGUCUCCUGGUCAGGGACCGACACUGGAUCAAAGAGCAUCCCUUCAAGAAAUGCGAAACGCCGCUGUUGCAUCCGACAAUAGCAGACCAAUUCAGACAACCUCGGGCAUGCGGUCGAACCUCGUGGACAAUGCUCAACCUGUCGCAUUCACAGGCCCACCUGCGUAUGAUAGCAACGUUUGAUAAAGUAGCCAAUAGGGGAAAUGAUGAUUUACCUGUUAAAAUGUGGAUCGGAGUGCUGGAGCAAGGACUCAAAGAGGUAAAGCGAAUUCACUGAACAGUUGCAACACACAUACACUCAUUACAGAUAGAGAGAACACUGAAAAGUGUGAGACGUUGAAAGUGAAGAAAAAAAGAAGAAGUAUAUUUUAAUGAGAAGAGUAAAAAAUGCAAAUAACGAUUAACUAGAAAUGUUGAACUUAAUGUUAUUUAUUGAUGAUUAACUGAAAGGAGAAAUGAAAGUAGAACAAUUAUAGAGACGAAAUAAUUAUUGAAAAUGUUGCUGAAAAGAAGUUUACAUUAGAAAUUUUACAAGACUUACACAGGAAAGGAGGUGAGAAACACAUGGAAAUUGAUAGUUCUGUAGAUUGAUCAUUCAUUUUUUUUUUCUUUUUCUUCUUCGAAUCGUUUCACGCUUUUUGUGGAAAUUAUAUAGACUUUUUGAUUUCUUAGCCCAUAUUAAAUUGUAAUAUUUUUCUUCCUUUAUUAUGUGAUAAAAUUAUCUAAGCAAAUAUAAAUCUUGUUUGCUUAUUAAUUGUCCUUUUUUAUUAUCUUGUGCGUGAUUUGAAAAAUGUUUUAUUUUCAUCAUGUUUCUAUUCAUGGUUGUAGGAGGAAAUGUGAAAAAUAUAUCUUCCCAAUGAUUUUCCCUAUCAAUUUAAUUUUCAUAUCUAGAAGAGAAAACGUAAUUUAUUCACAAAUAAUCUUAUUCUGUAGUUUAAUUUGCAUGCAAGUGGUAUUUUUUUAAUGGUAUAUUUUGAGUCAAUUAUAUGCAGUUUAUUAAUUGCGAAUUGUGUCGGCGAUAAAGAGUAAAUUAAAGCAAAAGAUUCGUAUGAUAUAAUCACAUAAUUCCAUAUGUAAUAAAUUAUUCAAGUUAUAUGAAAUCAUUAAAAAAAGGGAAGAGUAAAAGCGAAGAAUUGAGAAAUUGAUAGAUUAAUAAUUAAAAGACAGACAAAAAUGUUGAAAAUUUUAGACAUAAAGGUGGCAAAAAGUAGAAGGAAAGGAUACAAAUAUUGCAUUAAAUUUACAUCGUAUCACACUAUUAGAGAUAUCAUGGAUAUUAGAUAGAUAUCCGGAUAAUUUAUCAGUAUAAAAUGCAGGGCAAUUUCGUAGCCGAGGAAUCACGUUAUAGCCGUGUAUAACAGACUGUUAUACGCUGGAAAAUUCGCGGUAAAAAGUCAUUGGAAAGGCAUGUACAAAUGUGUCUAACAAUAUUUUUCUGUAUUUGAUACAUUUUUAUAGUCCGUUUUCUAUGAUUCUCCUAAAAAAUAUCCCCUUAAUUUGAAGUUUUCAUGAAAUUUUGCACCCUGAGAAAUUUGCGAAAAUCCUGGCAAUUAAAUUACAUUUAAAUUAACGAGUGUGUCUCUGCGAGAGACACUCUUCAAAUGCAAUGAAUUUAAGCACACCAAUAAACGUUCACUGUAUGCAAUUAAAUUUGAUAACGACUAUCUUGAGACACUCUUUGUUUGCCUUUUCAAUAAAAGUGCCGUGAAUUGCACGUGAACUUUUGCGGAUUCACGACACAAUUUGCCGAGAGUAUGAAAACAUUUGAGUGAUUUCUCCUCAGGCUAAAAGGAUUUGUCUCUGUGUAAGGGCAAUUAGGAGUAUGUGAAACGUAUAAAAGUAAAAUAAUAAUCAUUGAGGUGAGGAAGAGUGCAUUUUGAAGGCUUCAUUAAAGCAUUUUUGGGUUUUAAAGUAGUGCAGAAAAUGAGAGAUUAUAAAAUAAAAUUUAAAAAGAAACAUUCCGUUGCAAUUUAGAAGCGACUUCCACGGUAAUGUUCCAUUAUGAUGUAAUUGUGAAGACAUAUCGGAUGAAAAAAAAGACAUGAGAAAAUCAUCAAAUUAAUGCUAAUUUAUAAUAGAAAUUCCUCCGCGAUGCACUAUAAAUUGGCCACUCAUGAGAAAAUGUGCUUGAAUUUAAUUUUAACAAACAAGAGAAAGAUUUGCUCAUUAAAGUCUCUGUGAAGAGGUCGACAGCUUGUUUCUGUUACGAAAGCGCGAUUCAUAUAAUAUUUGGAAAAUUCAUGCGUGAAUUUUUCAAGAAUAUAUCCGGAAGAUUUCCGCUCGAUGUCGAGCGAAAUGUUGUGCAGAGAUUGUUCUUUUCUUGAUGUAAAUGUAAUGUACUAAAUGUGUAUAA